AUGAGGCAGAGCGAGCUUACCCACCAUUCCACGAAGGAGAUCGGCGGAAUGCCGGGGUACAUGGCCCCAGAGUGCUUCCUGACGGCACAAGCGAAGGUGGAGACGGAUGUGUAUGCUUUUGGGGUUCUGUUUCUGGAAGUUGUUAGUCGGCAGCGGCCGGCGGGUGCACAUCUGAUGGGAGAAGGGAAUUUUGGGAAUGGGAUUCUACGUUGGGUUUGGGAGCUUUACCGAACGGGCAGUCUGGAGGAAGGAGUUGACCUGCGGAUGAAGUGGGAGUCUCUGACUCUUGAGUGA